CAUCACCCAAAUUAGAAGAAAUCUCUAAGAUGGCCAAUAACAUCUCUUUUUCUUGUUCCAUCAUAUUAUUAUCUAUUAUCUUCUUCUUUUUUAUCAACUCAUCACACGCAAUGCCAUCGUUUAACGUACAAAGAUACGGAGCUAGAGGUGAUGGAAGAACAGAUGCGACCAACUCCUUUUUGACAGCUUGGUCAUUAGCAUGCCGCUCACGGGCUAGGGCCAUGGUCUACAUUCCCCGUGGAACAUAUAUGGUCAGAAACCUAGUCUUUUGGGGUCCUUGCAAGAACGUUAUAACUUUCAAAAUCGAUGGAACACUCGUGGCUCCGGCAAACUAUUGGAGUAUAGGUAAUUCCGGUUAUUGGAUUCUCUUUGCUAAAGUAAACCGGAUCUCGGUUUAUGGUGGCACCAUUGAUGCUAGAGGAGCUGGUUAUUGGUCAUGUAGAAAGAAAGGUGGACAUUGUCCUCAAGGUGCAAGGUCUAUAUCGUUCAGCUGGUGCAGUAACGUUCUACUAAGUGGUCUAACGUCGUUUAAUAGCCAAAAUAUGCAUGUCACGGUUCAUCAUUCCUCUAAUGUUCGGAUUCAAAACGUAAGAAUUANACCUUUCUCAUUAUAUCAUCUUAAAUCAUUAUAA